GCAGCAUGGCUGAUCAACUCAAGCAGCCAGUUGAGGAAUGGACUGAAGAGGAAGUCAGCAAAUGGCUAAGAACUAUUGGACUAAAGGAGCCGUACAUAACAAAACUGUACAAGGAUGAGGUAAAUGGACAAGUCCUCCUUAAUCUGACGUUCAACAGUCUUAAGAACGAGCUUGGUGUGAAACCAGGGCCUGCUCUUUUGAUCAUAGAAAAGAGAGAUGAACUCAUUUGUGCACAUAAAAAAUGCCAGAAGAAAGAAAAGCCCGCCAGGGAAGAAAAAUUCAAGGAGAAGAAAAACAAGUCAGUUCACCUUGUUCCUGAGAUAAAUGAAGGUCGUCCAGCACAGAUUCAGCAGGAAGACCCGCGUGUCGUAAAGGAGAGACCACGUUUCUCUCUGCUGACAUCGAAAGAAGACUGCAGGCCACGGCCGUUUGAUAAAGAAAGCAUUGAUUUCACAUAUGUGAAGGGCAGGGUUCUGCAACCUGAAUGUGGCGUCUUUGAUUUGAUAUACCCUUGUCAUGAGUAUAAAUCUUUUGCCACAGCUGCAACAUUAGACCGUGUGAGGCUACAGGCAAAACUUGCCAAGGAAGUUCUUAAAUUUGGAGCUGGUUGCAUGAAUAUCAGAUCAAAUGGCACAAUACACUUUGGUGUGAUGGACAGCAGAGAGGACACAGGCUAUGUGCACGGUGAGCUAAUUGGCAUCCCCAUAGAACAGCAAGACAUGUAUGUAGAUGCUUUAGAUUACAUUGAGAAGAGUUUCUCUCCUGCUGAUACGGACGAUGUGCGACGCUGUAUACGGCCACCUCGGUUCAUUGAGGUGUUAGAUCAAAUCAGUUUGGAAAAAAGGUAUGUUGUCGAGGUUGACAUUGUGCCUUCCUUAAGUAUCGUUAAGGGAAAAGUGUACUCAGUGCGCCUGCCAAAUUUCAAAGAGUCAGCCAACAAAGUAGAAUAUGAGAAGUUGGCAGUUUUAAGGAGGGUAGGAUCAAAAACGCCGGUGAGUGACGAAGACAAAAGCGAAUUCUACAAGCGAGUGACAGACAGGGAUGCUUUAAGAGAAGAGGCGGAGAAUCGCCAAUCACUCAGUAUCCCAGACAUUUCGCAGGACCUUGGAAGGAAACUCACAAUGCUGGUAACUGAUGGAAAGAAAUUAAUUGGAAAAGAUAAAUGGUUCAUACUUGUCACAAACAAACUCAAACCUGAUGAUCUUUGCAACAUUGACUGGCUACUCAACAUGAACAUGUUCUGUGUAUUUGAUUUCGACCCCAACUCAAAGCUGUCGGGACUUUGCAGUAAAUACAUUCAUCAUCAUGCUGCAAAUAUGCAUUUCAUGCAGGACUACAGAAUACCCCAUGGCAUGAGUGUCAACGAAUUCUCAAGCCAACACAAUCUGUUUGACCAGACCAGCUGGAUCUUUUGUAAUGGGCGCACGGACUACAAAGGAAAUGAACCCCCCUGUGAUGAAAUGACUUGGAUCAAAACAAAAAUGACUUUGCUGAAGGAAUCUGUGUCCUUGAUUUGUAAAGAAAUUUUGCCAAGAGGCACAUUUAUGGUAAUCUUCCUUCUCACAUCACCUGUUGAAAAACCACUGUUGCACACCUUUUUGUCAUUUUUCACAGAUAUGAAUGGCCAUGAAGAUAUCAUUUGUGUCUGCAUAUCUGAGGAAGAUUUUCCAAAGUGGCAAAACUUUACUGAGCAUUCUUGUGCAGCAGAAAUAGUGAAUAAUUCCAGUGUUGUGGGAAUGAAAAUGAGUCACAUUAAUGCAACACUGCAGAAAAUCCUGCCAGUAACGUCAAAAGCCCGCAAACACCUACCCGUCUUUGUAAAAGGGCAGUGUCUUCUAGAAAAAGCUGAAGAGGAAAGGAUGCAUACCUUGGAGAUUCUGAGUAUUAAUCACUGUGAUGAAAUGAGUGAGGAGGAUGUCAUUGAAGAGAAAGAUGAGGUGGAACUCCAGUUUUACCGUGGAGGAAAAGUGACUUGGAAGAAUUUCUGGCUUGCUGAGAAGCAACAUGUUGGAGAGGUAAUUGAGAGAGAUGCUUAUCAUGAGGUUUUCGAACUUAUCAGUAACACCCUACAAGAAAAUGCUCCUCAUAGUCCAGUGAGCAGCAUCAACAUCUACCAUCAUCCGGGGAGUGGUGGCAGCACUGUGGCAAGGCAGGUUCUGUGGAACAAAAGGAAAUCUUUAAGAUGUGCUGUUGUGAAACCCUCAUUCCCAGCAGACAUCAUAGCACAGCAGACAGUUAAGUUUAGAGAAUAUGAGGAAAAAGAUCCUCAGAAGUGCCUCCCUGUGCUCCUCCUCAUUGAAGUUGCUGACCAAGACAUUCUUGAUGAUCUAAGGCGGGCACUCGAGGAUGCGAUGCACAAUGAGGGAGCUACCCAUACGCUGUGCUUCAUUUUGUUAAGGUGCAGUCGAUCCAAUAACUCAGAGAAGAAAUGCAAGGAGUCUCCAUUACAGAAUGUAUCUGUCACUCACAAGCUAUCUGAAGCUGAGAGGAAAAGGUUUGCUGGAAAGCGACAGAUACUUGAGAAACAGUAUGAGCCAAAAUUCAUCCUGAAAUUUGUUUUGAUGAGCGAAGAAUUCAAUAAGACGUAUGUUAAACAGUUUGUGGAACAUUUGCUUGAAGGAAUUGAUCAUCAGUCUGUUGUCACCCGCCUCAUUUUGUAUGUGGCAUUGCUCAAUACAUACGUUCAAAACUCUUACAUAUCUCAGUCCCAUUGUGAAGCUCUACUUGAACUCACUAUUCGCAUGGAAAGGUUCCACCGGCAUGAGUUUGAGGCGUUUCUCAGUGAACAAGCAAAUCUGAUCUUUGUACACCUUAGGGAUGAGAGCACUCACAUUAACUCAAUUAGAAUCAUCCAUCCACUUGUUGCAAAAGAAAUUCUCUUUCAGCUUUUGGGGGAACAAAAGAGCCAAAGCAGUUUGGCAAAGGAUCUGCUCAACGAGAAAGUACUUUUUGAGCACAGAUUUGGGAAGGAAAUUUAUCUGGGGUUUUUAAAAGCACUUUUCAUUAGACGUUUUAGAAUAGACAGAGGGGAUGAAUUUGAUAGUUUUUUCUCUCCUCUUGUGGAGCAUGUGUGUAAAAAGGAAACCCCAGAAGAGGCAAUUGGAUUACUUGAAGAAGCAUACGAAUGUUUCCAUAAAGAUGCUUUCUUUGCACAGCAACUUGCUCGCCUUCACUAUUCCUUCGACAGGUUUGAAAAGACUAAAGAUUCAGCAGACGGUAGUCACCAUUCCUUCGACAAGUUUGAAAAGGCAAAAGAUUGGGCAGAGAAAGCAGUCAAACAGAUGCCCAAGAACUCCUACCUACUGGACACAAAAGGACAGGUGUACAAAAGAUGGUGUUCUGCCAAGUUCAAAGCCCUUGAAAGAGUACCAAAGACACCCCAAAGUAUAGCGGAUGCUGUGGAAACGGCGCUGAAAGCCAUGGAAUGUUUCAAAGAAUGUCAGGAAGCAGCCAUCUUAGACAAUGACACAAUGAAUAGAUCAGGAUUUUUUGCUGAGGUUGAAAUCGGAUUCACACUGCUGGAUGAGAUUAUUUCAGUGCAAGCUUUUCCAAGCACAACCAAUAGCUAUGCAGAAUGGAUGAAGUAUCUGGUAACAGAUUACAUUCCUGAGGAAAUUAAGGAGCCCUGGAAGCCCUUCCAUGACCGUUUGAAAAAUGUCCACAGCAGAAUUCAAGAUACCUUGGAAUGGAUCUCAGAAGAACUCAGUUACUUCCAGACAUACAUUGGUACAGAUGAAGAACAGAGCAUGACCUAUUAUGAAAUGAAAAUACACAGUCCACUUGCAUGGUUGGAGAGAAGGUCAGCGCUGUAUGGAAAGUUCUUCGGGGGUGUUAGUUUUGACAAAGAUCAAGAAAAGGCUCUGGAGCAAUGUCAGUUAAACUCAUCCAACUUAACUCCUUUCAAGAAGCGUAUGAUGAUUUAUAGCCUUGGUGGUGGUAACAUAACAACCAUCCUUUCCAAACUUCCUGACCAUAAAAAUAAAAAUGCAGUCAAGCUUCUUGAGAGUAUUCUAUCUCUAUACCCAGCACAACCAUUGAAGGCCAACCUUCCUCAAAAAGCUCUUGUCAAUUACAUAGUGACCCAUGUUGCUUUGAGUUGCCUCUCACCUCAGUCUCCCAAGGUAGCCACUCUGAAAGAUCUACAAACACUUAGUCGGCGAUUCCCGACCAAGACAAAGAAUUUCUUGCCUCGUGCUGUGUUUUUGCUUACCCUGCUUUUUUGGCCAGGGGAUCUUGACACAGAAUAUGAGAAAGAAGCCAAAUAUGAAAAAAUUCAAUUUGCUGUUAAUCUCUUGACAAGCCACUAUAAGACAAAGGUGAAGAAAAUUCCUCCGGGAAAAAGAAGGAUUUACACACCUUUCUUUCUGGGCAAUGGGAUUGGUUUGAAAAAAAUUGUCCAUGAGAGCGAAGUUGAAAUGAACACCAAGGGGCUUUGGGAUUCAGUCCCAGAGAAACGAAUUAUAUGGCACAGUGGUAAAGCAUGGAAAAGUCCUGAGAUUUCUAGAAUAUUGAAACGUUUAUCUGGAUGGACUGAGGAUCAAACAGUGUACCUUGAGGGUCCAAAGAAAAUGAAGUUUGUUAUCCCCCAUCUAUACGGACUCUCAGUGCCUUGUACUAAUGAAAAUGUCACUUUCUACCUAGGCUUUACAUUCAAAGGACCUGUUGCUUAUGACAUCACUGUUGAGAAAUAGAUGUGCAACAAAACAUGGCCUAAAACGUUCGUUUUCUCAUGUAUGGCUCGAUGCCAGCAUGCUGGGUCAUGAUUAUAAUGCCUUCUUAUGUAUAUAAAACUUUGUUAAAAGAAACACUCAACGGUAGGGGAAAGUGCUCAACAAAUCAGGAGCAAAAUAAUCCAGUGAGUCAAGUAAAUUCUUAUGAGACAGUACAAGCCUGUUCCAUGCCAUAAGCAAUCAUUAGCUCUCAAUAAUGCUACUCGUAAAGAAUAUACCAUUUACUUCCUCGUCAUGGGCUAUAUAUGUAUAGCGUUUUUUUCCGAAACCGUUGCUGGUGCUGUAAGUGCUCAACUAAUGAGGAGCGGAAUAUCAACACGGAGA